AUGGCAAAACAAAGUCGACCUCGUCGCGAAGACUACACUGUAGCAUGGGUAUGCGCCCUCUACAUCGAACUCGCCGCCGCGGAAGAGAUGCUCGACGAAGAACACGAUGACUUCGAUCACGACGCCAAUGACACCAAUAUAUACACACUCGGCCGCAUCGGCGAACAUAACGUUGUUAUCGCUUGUCUGCCGGAGGGUCAACCGGGAACGAACUCAGCCGCGGCGGUCGCCGUCCAGAUGAAGUCGGCCUUCAAGUCAAUCCGAUUCGGUCUGAUGGUAGGCAUUGGAGGAGGCGUUCCAAGUGUGGAGGCAGAUAUACGGCUUGGAGAUGUAGUGGUCAGCAAGCCACAUAUGAUGCAUGGGGGAGUCGUGCAAUACGAUUCUGGAAAGGCUACACCAAGUGGAUUCGAGCGGACUGGUUUUCUUAACACUCCGCCAACAAUUCUACUUAGCUCGGUCGCAAAGCUGCGGGCUAAGUAUUCAAGAGGAAAAAGUAUACUUCCGGAAUAUAUCUGUAAACUUAACAGCCUACCCAUCUUCGCACGUGAAAAAGCUGGACCUGAUAUAUUAUAUGAAGCAGACUACAAUCAUGAGGGAGGAGAUACAUGUGAACAAUGCAGCAGAGCGUGCGUUGUGGAUCGGCAGCAACGUACUCAAGAUAUUUUGGUCCACUACGGCACAAUAGCAUCAGGAAAUCAAGUUAUGAGAGAUGCCACCGAAAGGGAUAAAGUUAGCUCGCAGCUCGGUGGCGUCCUCUGCUUCGAGAUGGAGGCAGCGGGCCUGAUGAACAGCUUCCCAUGCCUUGUUAUCAGAGGCAUAUGCGACUACGCCGACUCGCACAAAAACAAGAGAUGGCAGGCAUAUGCAGCGGGAGCGGCAGCAGCGUAUGCAAAGGAAGUCCUAUCGGUGAUACCUACGGCUGAAGUGGCGAGAUCAUGUACCGUCGAUGAGAUCAUUAGAGAAAAGAGUGCACUAGAGGAUACGCUUAAUCGUUUGCCGUACGCUGUUGAGGAGCUCCAAAACGCGCAAGAGAAGGACAGGACCCGGCAAACAUUGUCAACCCGGGACGAUAAGGCGAAAAAGUUCCUCAAGAUGCUUUACACCUGUCGCUACAAAGAUCACAAAGAAAGGAACCGUGACCGUGUGCCGGGUACAUGUGAAUGGUUCACCAAUCAUCAUCUUUUCCAAAACUGGAAGAAAAACAAAAGGUCUAGCCUCCUCUAUGUGACGGCGGAUCCAGGCAGCGGGAAGACGGUUUUAGCAAAGUAUCUGGUAGAUCACAUCCUCCCGAACACAAGCCAAAGGACUACUUGUUACUUCUUUUUUAAGGAUGAUUUCACAGAGCAAAAGAGCAUUACCAAUGCUGUCUGUGCCAUAUUACGACAGAUUUUUCUGGCAAAACCGCAUCUUUUGCAAGACUCAAUACUUGACAGAUUUGACACCGAUGGCGAUAAAUUCACUCAGUCGUUUCACGAUUUAUGGAGUACGCUUAUCAGUGUUGCAGCUGAUCAGAACGCUGGAGAGGUCGUCUGCAUCCUAGAUGCCUUAGACGAGUGUCAGGAGAGCGAUCGGUCUCAGCUCAUCAAGGCCGUGAGAAAGCUCUACAUCGCCGAUUCAAAUAAGUUCAGCCUAAAGAUUUUGUUAACCAGCAGGCCAUACGACCAUAUACGGCGUGAAUUCCGGGAUUUAGAGAGCCACCUGCCUACCAUUCACCUAAGUGGUGAGGACGAGGUCGAAGUUGAGAAGAUUUCACGAGAGAUAGACCUCGUAAUCCAAAGGAGGGUCGGGGAUAUCUGUACAAAAAGGUGUCUAGAGCCGGACGAGCGUACGUUUCUGCAAGAUCAGCUCACACUUGCGCCCAACCGGACCUAUCUCUGGGUUGAUCUUACCUUAGAUGUGAUCGAGAACAUCUCGGGUUUUACCAAAGGGAACGUCCGUAAAGCAGUACGCCAAAUACCUCAAACCGUCGAUGAUGCUUACAACAGAAUCUUGGACAGAAGUUCGGAUACCGAAAAAGCCAGGAGACUCUUGCAUAUUGUUGUUGCUGCAACAAGGCCGCUGUCUUUGGACGAGAUGUCGGUGAUAAUGGCAAUCGAGGAAACUCAUGGAUCAUACGACGACGUUAUGCAGGAAAUAGAACCAGAAGAAAGGUUCCGAGGCACUCUUAGAGACCUUUGCGGCCUCUUCGUGGUUAUUGUAGAUGCGAAAAUCUACUUACUUCACCAAACUGCGAAAGAGUUUUUGGUUCGGGAUGAUUCCUUAGCAUCGUUGAAGAGCCCUUCUCGCCUUAACUCCCAGCAUAAUCCACUUGAAUGGAAGCAUUCACUGCAACUAGAGGGGUCAAACAGAAUACUUGCCGAAAGAUGUAUUUGGUAUCUUACUUCAGAUUUUUUUAAGACUCCACUUCGAGUCUUGCUCGAUUACUCUGCCCGAAAUUGGGUUACUCACUUUCGUAAGGCGGGUAUACGGAGCAAGGAGCCAAUAGCAGCAUUAGCACGAAUGCUUUGUGAGCCAGGAUCAAGACAAUAUAAGACCUGGUCCGCUAUCUGUAAAAUUUGGAUCCCUGACUCUGAAAGCUGCCUUACUAUAGCAUCAUAUCUUGGGCUUGAAGCUAUAGUAAAACUGCUGCUCGAGACUGAGAAGGUGGACGUGGACUCGAAAGAUUCUGAGUUGGAUCAGACGCCACUGUCCUGGGCUGCAGAGAACGGACAUGAGAUGAUUGUGAAGCUAUUACUUGAGACGGGGAAGGUAGACGUGGACUCAAAAAGUUCUAAAUUGGGUCACACGCCACUAUUAUGUGCUGCAGAGAACGGAUAUGAGACGGUUGUGAAGCUGUUGCUUAAGACUGGGAAGGUAGACGUGGACUCAAAAGACUGUGACAGUCGGACGCCGCUGUCACGGGCUGCAGCGUAUGGACAUGAGACAGUUGUGAAGCUGUUGCUUAAGACCGGGAAGGUAGACGUGGACUCAAAAGACUGUGACAGUCGGACGCCGCUGUCACGGGCUGCAGCGUAUGGACAUGAGACAGUUGUGAAGCUGUUGCUUAAGACCGGGAAGGUAGACGUGGACUCAAAAGACUGUGACAGUCGGACGCCGCUGUCACGGGCUGCAGCGUAUGGACAUGAGACAGUUGUGAAGCUGUUGCUUAAGACCGGGAAGGUAGACGUGGACUCAAAAGACUGUGACAGUCGGACGCCGCUGUCACGGGCUGCAGCGUAUGGACAUGAGACAGUUGUGAAGCUGUUGCUUAAGACCGGGAAGGUAGACGUGGACUCAAAAGACUUUGAGGGUCAGACGCCGCUGUCACUGGCUGCAGAGAACGGAUAUGAGACGGUUGUGAAGCUGUUGCUUAAGACCGGGAAGGUAGACGUGGACUCAAAAGACUGUGACAGUCGGACGCCGCUGUCACGGGCUGCAGCGUAUGGACAUGAGACAGUUGUGAAGCUGUUGCUUAAGACCGGGAAGGUAGACGUGGACUCAAAAGACCCCCAAGGUAGGACGCCGCUGUCCUGGGCUGUAGGGAACGGACAUAAGACUAUUGUAAAGCUGCUUGAGAAGGCACAACAGUCACAACUGUAA